AUGGCUUGUUUUACAAAACCACCUAACUUGGCGAUUGCAACUGAAUUUAUUUAAGGAGGAAGUUUAUAUCAUUUAUUGCAUAAGACCAAGUAACGCAAAACUGAUCAAUUAGUCAUUAAAUCUCAGAUUGAUUAAAAUAUUCUAUUGUUGUACAUAGAGACAUAAAAUCUCACAAUAUAUUAUUGUAAGGAUAAAUAGUGAUGUUGUGUGAUUUUGGUUUAACAAAGACAUGUGAAAGAGUUUAAUUUAAUAUUUAUAAUUUGAGUUAAAUUAAGGAUAUUAAUAAUUUAGUGGGACUUCAACAUACAUGGUUCCAGAAUUAUUUGCUAAAAGAGUAAAAUUAUGAUUCAGAAUUUUUAAAGGCUUAUGAUAAAGGUGUAGAUUUGUUUGCUUAUGGUACUUUAUGAUGGGAAAUAUUUGCAAGUUAGAUACCUUGGGAUUGUUUAGAGAUGUAAGAGAUUAUUUAAAAGACAAUUAAGAAUGAAUAAUUACCUAUUAGAAAUGUACCUAAGAACAUUGUUUAAUUGGUUAAUGAAUUGAGAAACAAAUAUGAGACUAAGAGGCCUUCUAUGGAUUUGGUUGUUAAAUAAUUAUUAAAUAGAUGA